UCACGGAAAAACAUAACCUCAACCUCAACUCAAUAAUCAAACGAAGAAGGUUAUCGAUCUAUACCGUAUUAAUUCAACACUGUUUUUAUGUCUGUCCAAAGUUUUUAAAAUAUAUUCUAUUUAGCUCAUUUAGUGACAUUCUUCAGUAGGGUAAAACCGCUCAAUUCAAGCAAAUGUAGUGUAAUUAGUUUGUUGUUACGGUUGAAAAUUUUUACGACAAAAUGAUUUUAACCAGAUUGUUCAAACGUAAUCCUACGUACGUAAAACAUGAUCGUUCUGUACAUAAGUCAGUGAAUCAUAUUAUCGACGGAUACAACAACCGUGUAGCUAAUAUAAAAAGUAAAAUUGACAGUAUAACAUUGCCAGAAAGAUUCAAAGGCACUGUCGUUGAAAAGUGGGCUCAGUACUGGAAAGACCUCUACAAAGACUACUACGAAGUGUAUAGUGAUGUUUUGAAGGAAGGCAGGGAGAGGCCAUACAAUGGCCUGAUGCUGUCAACAUUUGCUGGUUUUGUUUAUUGUGCAAAGAAGAACCCUACUGAACAAAACUUUAGGGAUGCAGUGGUUGCUGGACACAAUGACGUAAUUUUGGUGAGCAAACCGAUAAGGAAUCCAGCCAGCUUUGAACAUUUGUCUUUCAUUGAAUCUUGCCACAAUACUGGAUUGAUUCGUAGUUUUAGUUUCGGCAUUUUUAGAGUUGUCUAUUUGGCAGACUAUGAUAGAGCUUUGGGACUGUAUAAAGCACAAUGUCAAUACCUUCAACCACAGUAUUUGACCAUGUACAAGAGGAUACUCGAUAUCGGUUUUCUUGACAAAUGGUGGUUUAUUUCUAAAAAGCUAGAAGAUUACGAUAUCAAUCCCGAGGAAUGGGUAACUAGUAAAGUAAUUAUGGUGUAGAUCUCUGUUAAUAAAAGUUUAAGUUGUUGAAUUAAGUCGGUAUAUUUUCUCUUCACUGUUCUAUGCAGCAGCUUCUCUCUUCAAUCCUCAUGAGUUGAAAGGUUUUGUACACAUUCUAUCUCUUCUACAAGGUCAUUAUUUCCUUAAUGGGCUUUCACACUUAUUAUAAACAACUCAAAAUCAAAAAUUCGUAGACCUAGUGUUGAUUCUCAGGCCCUAUUCACAAAGAACGUUUACCCGUUCCACGUCUGUCCUAUGCAAAGAUAUAGUCAAAUACUCACAGAGGAAAGCUUACUCGCUAACGCCAGGACUUUGUCAGCAUUGGACGAUAUUUUUAGGGUGUGUGCAUACUGAGGAGGAAAGAGAUUGAGGGGAGGCGGGAUAUAGGUACCUCUUCAGCCACAUGUUGGUUGAACAAUCCCAAUUAACGGUAUAACUUGAAAUUUGGAACUUAAGGUCCUUACAAUAAGGAUCCGACACGAACAAUUUCGAUCAAAUGCAAUUCAAGAUGGCGGCUAAAAUGGCGGAAAUGUUGUCA